AUCAUUGAUAGACAAUGUACGAAAUCCGUCGCUGUUACGAGCAAAAUUUAUUCAAAAAGUUUUUAUGGGAUUUUUUCUUGGCACGCUAUAUUUGCGAACCAAUAUGGACCAGGAUGGUGUGAUCAAUAUCAAAGGAGCUUUAUUUUACUACAUUUCCGAAUUGACGUACUCAACAGUUUUCGGCAUCCAGACAUUCUUGCCAGCCGAUUUCCCGCUGUUGGUUCGAGAAUACCACGAUGGAAUCUAUCCUGUUGCAUGCUAUUACAUCGCAAAAGUGUUUUCAUAUUUGCCAAUUUUUACGGUUGAUGGCAUAUGUAUGGUGUGUAUCAGUUACUAUAUGAUCGGCCUCUAUCCAGCGCCUGCAACAUUUCUAACCACUGUGGCUACUUGUAUUCUAAUCGAGUGGUCUGCCGCCAGUAUUGGAAUUAUGUUGAGCUCGGUCUCUCCAUCCUACGCGAUCGCGGUUUCUGUAUCAGGGCCUCUGCUAACAGUCUUCUCGAUAACCGGUGGUCUUUAUACUAAUAUCAGAAUGAUUCCCGAAAGUGUUCGAUGGGUGUUUUCAUAUUUGCCAAUUUUUACGGUUGAUGGCAUAUGUAUGGUGUGUAUCAGUUACUAUAUGAUCGGCCUCUAUCCAGCGCCUGCAACAUUUCUAACCACUGUGGCUACUUGUAUUCUAAUCGAGUGGUCUGCCGCCAGUAUUGGAAUUAUGUUGAGCUCAAUCUCAACUCAUUUAAAGUACUCUUCAUCGAAUAAAAGCAGCGUGCAUUUGCAGGUCUCUCCAUCCUACGCGAUCGCGGUUUCUGUAUCAGGGCCUCUGCUAACAGUCUUCUCGAUAACCGGUGGUCUUUAUACUAAUAUCAGAAUGAUUCCCGAAAGUGUUCGAUGGGUGCAGUAUUUUAGCUGGUAUAUCCCAGCAAGUUCGUGUGAAAGUAGCGGUGAAGCGGUGAUAGGUAAUCUAUAUUUCGAAGAUCGAAAUCAGUAUUUCAAUAUGGGCGCAAUGCUCUUCUACGUUAUAUGCGUUUUCCUCAUUGGUUACAUUGGGCUCGUAGUGCGUGUACUGUUGUCACGUUGAAU